AUGAGAUUUCUGAUAGUAAAUGGGUUCAAUGCAUCAGCAUCCUGUGCUAAAGUAUUUGAUUAUUUUAGGAAUAGCAUUUAGAGUGUAUAUAAUUAUAAUAGAAUUAGAUGAUAUCGAAACAGAGAGAAGUAGCAGAUACUGAAUGUGAAUAUCAUUUUCGAGAUCGUCAUUCUUUGGAUGAUUUCCUUUAUGAACCAGAGACAAGUUUAAUCAGAACAGAAUAUGGAUUAAAAUUUAAUUCAAUUGAUAUUGUGUUUAUUUUGGCUUCUCCAAAUUCAAAACCUUGGAAUCCAAAUAUGAGAAAGGUAUAAAUAGAAAUUAAAUAUUUAAGAUAAUAACUUUGAUUAGAAUGUGUUUGAAGACCAAAAAGUUAUUAUUUUCUACUUCAUUUGGUGCAUAGGCUAUAGCUUAUCUUUGUUCAACAAAUUUCAAUUUGGUAAUCUUAAAAUUAUAUAUUAUAAAGCAUGCUUCAAUUACUAACAAUCAUGGUGAAGGUUGUAAAUUAGUUGAUUUUCCAAAAUACACUUUAUAAGCAUUAAAAAAUGGUCCUAAUGAAUAUUUCUUAGAUUCUACUACAGGAGAUCUAUAUUUAUAUAGUAAAGUAACUGAUGAAUGGUUACCAAAAGCAAAUAUUGGAUUACAUAAUAGGAGAGAUGCUAUGGAAUAUUAAUCUAUUGGGAAAUAUAUAGUAAAAUCACCUACCUAUAAACCUAAACAAAACAUGUUGGCUAAUCAAAGUGAAAUGAUAUGUUAAAUAAAAAAAUAAUUUUUGCAUCAUUGGUUAUUUAAAGGUGUGGCUAUGGAAUUUGCUAUUACAUCUUACAAUCAAUGGGAUAUUCAUGCAAUUACUUUCACAAAUCCAGAUAAAGUAUUUUUAUUCAAGUUAAUAAAUUAGAAAUUCAACUCUUUAGCUGAACACAAUUUGAGAGGACCAUUAAUUAUUGAAAGUGAUAAUAUAAUAGCAACAAUGUUUGAAUUGGAAUCUAAGUAGAAAGAUACUGUCAAAAUAUUAUAGAAUUUUAUUGAUAAUGCAGUUAAAUUGAUUAGAUUCAAUAACAAUUAUAAUCUUAUUAGUAUAACAAAUGAGAAGUACUUUUCAGGAAAUAAAGGAUUAGAUAAUAUUGAGAUUGUAUUUUAAUAAAAAAAGAAGAUGGGUAAUUUAAAUCCUGAAGACUUAUUAAAAAAAUAAUAGAAGAAUUUUAUGCUUGAAUAUAGGAAAUUAUUGAAUACUGCCAUUUAAGAGACUGAAAGAGAUAAGAUAUUUCAUGUUGGAUUCUCAGUUAAAAAGGAUAGAUUACCAGAGUAUUACUUUAUUAAUAUAGUUUUGUAUAGCAAAAUAAUAUCUAAGAAAAGAAUUAUAAAGUAGUGAGAAGAAAAUCAUUUCAAGUGAAAAAGGCUCAAUUCUUACGAUAAUAGAGUUAGAUUAAUGUUGGUGGAGAUGAUGAAUUUU